AUGGUUAUCGCCUUCAUGUGUAUGUUGGCCAUUCGUGAUAAAUGCAUCAUUCUUUUCCCCCCACAGAUAUUUUUACUGCUCCUCCGGGCCCUGCAGCUCCAGACCCGACUGGUGCUGUCUCUCCAGCCGCUUCCUCUGAAGUUACCCACAGCAAAGGGAAAGAAAGCUGCCAAGGAGACAUCUGCAGAAGAUCCUGGGGGCUCCUUGGAAACUUGCAGCCCAGUUCCAGAAAGCCAAACCAAACCCAAGACCAGCCAAGGAACCAGACAGGAGGCCACGUCUUCUAAGGGCCCUGGAGGUCCAAGUACCAAAGGGAAGAGGAGCAAGGCAGCCGCGGCCAAGAAGAAACGGAGAGAGCCCUCCUCCAGUGGGGAAGAGCACAAGGCGGGAGGGCGGCAGGAGGACACCCAGAGACGUCGGCCUGGCCGGGAGCGGCAGGUGGCCUCCAAGGUGUCUUAUAAAGAAGAGAGUGGGAGUGACAAGGGCAGCAGCGGCUCUGACUUUGAGCUCUCCAGCGGGGAAGCCCCUCAUUCAUCUGAUGAGGAUUCUGAGCCUGGCCUUCCCAGACAGAGGAGGGCUCCAGCCCCCCAGAGGACAAAGGCAGGGUCCAAGAGUGACUCCAGGACCCAACGUGGAAGGCACCCUCAGCACCCCAAGCACCCUAGCUUUCCAGCAGCAUCCACGAGCUCUUCAAGCAGUAAGAGUAAGCGAGGCAAGAAAAUCUCCAGUGAUGGUGAGGGGGCAGAAAGAGAGAAAGCAGCUGGUGUAGACCAGUGGCUAGAGGUGUUCUGUGAGCAGGAGGAAAAGUGGGUGUGUGUGGACUGUGUGCAUGGUGUGGUGGGCCAGGCUCUGGCCUGUUACAAGUAUGCCACCAAGCCCAUGACCUACGUGGUGGGCAUCGACGGUGAUGGCUGGGUCCGGGAUGUCACCCAGAGGUACGACCCAGACUGGAUGACUGUGACCCGCAAGUGCCGGGUUGAUGCCAAGUGGUGGGCUGAAACCCUGAGACCAUACCAGAGCCCGUUGGUGGAGAGGGAGAAGAAGGAAGACUCAGAGUUCCAGGCAAAGCACCUGGGCCAGCCUUUGCCGACUGUCAUUGGCACAUAUAAGAACCACCCUCUGUACGCGCUGAAGAGGCAUCUCCUGAAAUACGAGGCCAUCUACCCUGAGACAGCCGCGAUUCUUGGCUAUUGUCGUGGAGAAGCGGUCUACUCCAGGGAUUGCGUGCAUACCCUGCACUCCCGGGACACGUGGCUGAAACAGGCGAGAGUGGUGAGGCUGGGAGAAGUGCCCUACAAGAUGGUGAAAGGCUACUCCAACCGGGCCCGGAAAGCCCGCCUCACUGAGCCGCAGCUGCAGGACCACAACGACCUGGGCCUGUUCGGCGAGUGGCAGACGGAGGAGUACCAGCCGCCCGUGGCUGUGGACGGCAAGGUCCCCCGGAAUGAGUUUGGGAACGUGUACCUCUUCCUGCCCAGCAUGAUGCCCGUCGGCUGCGUCCAGCUCAACCUGCCCAACCUGCACCGCGUGGCCCGCAAGCUGGACAUCGACUGUGUCCAGGCCAUCACCGGCUUCGAUUUCCAUAAAGGCUACUCCCAUCCCAUAACGGACGGGUACAUUGUCUGCGAGGAAUACAAAGACGUGCUCCUGGCCGCCUGGGAGAACGAGCAGGCGCUCAUUGAGAAGCGGGAGAAGGAGGUGAGCCGUUUGGCCAGGGCGGGGACCUGAGGUGCGAAAGCAGAGUGGCAGGGGAACAUGAGCCCCCAGGUGGGGCAGGUGCCUCAUUUGAUGGUGGGUUAAAACAGGAUGGGGCGCCUGGGUGGCUCAGUUGGUUAAGCGAC